AUGAUUCCCAAAUCAUGCAGGACACCGCGAUGCAAUAAGUGGCAAGCCAACUAUGUCCUGGGUGACUCUGGCAGUGGUAUCGCAGAUUUGUACGAUGUGGUCGACGCUAUUGGCUCAAUGACCAUCAACGAUGUUGAUGAUCUUGAAGCCAACCUCAUCAUGGACCUUGCAAGGGCCCGACGUGAUGUAUUCGAUGCAGAGAAAACACUUGCCGAUUGCAUUGUCCGAGAACAUGAAGUCAUGACGUCUCUUUCAAAACACAAGUCCGCCAUCUCUAAGUGCAAGCUCGACAAGGCGGAUGUAGGAUUGGGUCAUAUGCGCAUCACAUUCAGGAAACAUGGUCUUUCUCACCACCCAGCGCCACACAAUUUUCAUGAUGGGAAGGCCUUGAGGGUUGGUGAUGCGCCCGUCGUCCGCCCGUCGACAAUGGGUGUUGGUGCCGUCCCACAUGGCACGCGCCUCGCAGCGUUGGAUGUCAUGGGCAAAACGGCCGAGACAGAGGGGUGCAGGCAGACCGGCCUCGUGAACCUGCGCCACGGGAAAAACCCCCAGUGGCGUUGUUGGCGAUCGCAGGUGUUGUCUGGUGAUCCUGGAGCCUUGUUCCUUUGGCUGUCAUGGUUCCUUUGGGGAGAACGUGACCGCGAGUUGCGGUUCCGUUGA